AUGGGCGCCAGCUUGCCCACCUUCAACAAUGACAUCAUCAAUCUCGUGACUGCAGACCCCACAGCACUCCACUUUGUCACCAUUGGAGCCUCCGACUACCUUCAGCUCAAGACAAGCACCCAUCUCACGCUCUUCUCUGUCGUCGGCUCCGUUACUCACAGCGACCUGAUCAGUCCGAGCGGUCGCAGCCGUCAACUCUGCGUUGCACCAUCAGCACUCACCUGGCCAUGUGCGGCUGCCGUCCUGGGUGCCAUUCUUAACAGACGAACACUCGUCUUCCCGUCGUUCCAUGCCGGCCUCUCCUUCUCGACAAGGUUGACCACCGGCACCUCAAACACUCCAACCAAGAUCCGCGGCAUGGCUCCCGCCACCCCGGUGAACGCACAAUGCAGUCCACCCCCCGUGCUGCCGGCCGAUCGAGAUGUGCCGACUUUCGACGGGUGUAAGCCCUUCAAGUUCUCCAUGCGCUCCAUAUCGAUGCUUCCCAAAAUCCACGACGAUCUCUCCACAGAGUCUGCCGUCCUCCUGCUCUUCACUCUUGGGAAGUACAUCAAGAGCCACCCUGAACUCGAUGACGAAAACGCCGACACCACUAUCUCCCUCAACAUCCAAUCCAUUGUCCUUCUCGCCAAUCCGGGAUCGAUGCCCCGCGGCUUCCUCGAGGACGAGCCCAUGCCCCUCCUCGGAGUCUUCCGACCAAAUUCCGAGCCUGACCAACACCACUCGGAUGACAGCGACAACGAUGAUGCCUCGCUCAUGUAG